AGUGGUUAACUGGUUAUCUUGAAAAAAAAAUGAGUACUGACCACCAAAACUUCAUAGUUGAAUAGUACCAUCACCUUUUCUGACCCUUUUCUUCCAUUAGUUAUGUACUUACUUUUGUGCUAGUGUUGUGAGUGCUUCUGAGCUGUGCAAAAAAGAAAAACAUUUGAAAUGGAAUGGGAUUUGAAUAAAAAAAGAGGUCAAAUGAGACUUUGGGGUUACAAAUUUCCUGACCUCACGUCUAAAAUUGCACCCGUGAACAUAGCUAUUGUGGAUUUACCUUUAUCAGUUACUAAAGAUGAGAUAGCGGCGCAGUUUUCUAUUGAUCUCGACUGCAUCACCCUGAAGCGGAAGCGUGGCAAGAAGUCUGCCUCUGCCAUCAUUGUUCUCCCUAGCUGGCGUGAAAGUGCUAGAAUUUUGAGUAGUCUUGAUGCAGUGUUCUUUGGGAAGCAUAAAGCAUUUUUAAGACAAUCCUAUGACUCGGACGCAUCACGACCCUCAUCACAGCACUACAAGCCUCAUAGACUGUCCAGUGAAGAGUUUGACUUGAGCCCUGCACGCAGUGGACAGCCUACUCUUCAUGUCCUCAAUGAUGACGUCUUGCUUCAUAUUAUGAAAUAUUUGAAUGUUGCUGAGAAACUGAUGCUUGAAGCAGUGUGUCGACGCUUCCAGUCUCUGGUUUACCGCGAGCUGGGCCAGAAUAACGUCAUAGACUUCUUCACUGAUGACGGCUGCGUCUGGCAGAGUGCUCACUCCAACCUCCCCAUAUGUCGCAGCGAGUCGCCAGCCCAGCUCACGCAGGGCCUCAAGCUCUGCACCUACAAGAUGCUCAUCAUGAACGCUAACCACCUCACUACUCUCAGACUCGACGAGUAUCGCUGCAUCUUUGAUGUCAACGUAUUUGCUGCUAUAGGUCGACUUGCUGUGAAUUUGGAGGAUUUGUGCCUGCAGUUCUCGUUAAAGAGAAGUCACUACACUCCUAUGAAGACCAUUUUCUCGCGCUGCACCAAACUCAGGACUUUUUGUCUCGAAGGCAGAAUUGACACUGACGAAUUGCUGCGAGACUUGCAGCAAUGCAAAUGUUUGGAAGUGUUGCGGCUGGGCAGAGUGGAGAAUCUUAACUGGGCUCUUCUAAGCAAGUUGAAAAUUCCUCUGAAAGAGCUGUCAAUCCACAACGUUGAAACGUUAGAAAACUUUUAUUCGUUAGAAACGAAUGAAUGCCAUCUGGACUUCGCAUUCAACUCAAGCCUCACGGCAUUCCGCAUGUUCAACAAUAUCUUGCUGCCAAAUCUGGAAAUUUGGCUGGGGGAAACUCUGUUGUCAUCCAUGGCUCGCAAGUGUCCUGCCCUGACCCAACUCCAGCUUGAUUGCUCCUGGUAUUCGUCACGCAAUUUCAAGCCAUUCAAUAACUUGAAGGUGCUGCACUUUAUUGCUUCGGACCACGAUAAAAUCGAGGUUCUUCUCAAAAGCGCUCUGCCGGACCUCGAGGAUCUCUACAUCGAGUUCUCAAAAGAGAAAGUAUAUAAUAUGCACGCUGAAAAUGAAGUCUUAGCUAUAGAUUUUUCGCUGGCGCCGACGUCAGUGACGUCCCUGACGCUGCCUUCCGUCGCUUUGGACGAUAACUCCUACAAGAACCUCCUGCGCAUGCCUAAGCUGCAGCGAGUCUUUGUCAAAAGCAAGAAAUUCUCAAUGGCUCAGCUUAAACUACUCGUGGCGCACGUUCAGCUGGUCGAGAUAGGCGCCGCGAUGCUGUCCGUGGAUCUCUCCACGGCGCAGGAGCUCGCUGCGCUGCGCAGGAAGGCGCUGGCAGAGGGCAGGGCCAAGUUCCCCUCACAGAGUCUCGACCACGACGAGCCCCUCGUGCUGCAUGUCAACUACGCCCACCACGUGGCAUUCGCAGAUCCUCUCAUCAAAAUCAAAGACCACAAGCUAAACUCGUACAUCUACGAGCGCGUCGGGUCGUGUCUCUUUGACAACGAGUGGCUGGACUUCGGCCACGACUUCCUCCAGCAGGCGGCUGGCAAGGAGCUCCUGGACACUGACGACGAGGACGUACCGUACGGGGACAUGUAUGACGACUGGUAUGACGACCACGACGAUGAUUUUGACGACUACGCCUUCUCCAGCUCCGACCACGACGACAAUGGUGGGGACGACUGGCUUUAUGAUGAAGAACUCGACGAAGAUAUAUAGGACGAUUUGCUCUACGGUGGCCAUCGUGAAUACUGAGCCUCACCAUUGGCUUGUGCUGCUGUGAUACAAUGAGUGGAGUUGACCAGGCUGCUCUGCGGUGUAGUAGCGAUCUAGUCUUCUUUUGUUAUGUUCAUGCCAAAAUGGCGUCAUUUCCUGCAAAAAAAAAAUUUAGAUGUUUUCUAGUUUUACGUUCCGAAUGAUCUUUCAUGUUUAGAAAUUUUGAGGCUGUUGCUACGGAUUCAUAAAGGAGAAAUUCAGUUUGAUUAUUUAUAGUUCAAACCCGCCUCUUGGUAUAACUUGCCUCUGAACGGUUCAUGUAAUUCAAUGUUCGUUCAAUUUUUUUUAGUUUCGUUUCAGUAGAGUUUCUUUUGUUCUACGUCGACCAAAAUUAACGCUGGUCGUCCAAGAUAUUACAUAUACGCUAUCUAACCUUUGGCUCUAUGCCUUACCCAUAACUUAAUCUUGGAUCGUCUUGGAGAUCUGCACUAUUCUCUGUCACGCGAGUGAUACUCGAGACUUGGCAAUCUCUGUGUUUUAACCAUAUUGAUAUGGUUUUUGCUUCAGUUGAAAUCUAUUUUUUUUUUUGCCUCAGUAGAAAUCUCUUAACUAUAAGGUGUUGCAGGGUUUACUUUGAAGUAUGAAUUUUUGCAGCAUUGUUUAGAUGCCACUAAUGGACUUUAUUUUCCAUUACUUGUAUUCUUUUUGAAUUUUCCAUCUUUGUAGUAUUAAAAUGAUUUUUUCUGAUAAAUUGAUCUCUUUACAUGGAAAAAUAAGUUGAAAGGUUUCGAUUGAUUUACUCAUUUGGGGACUGGGGUUGACAUCGUGCUGGUUCUUGUCAACUGAAUUUUGUCACUAUCGCUGCAUUUUCAAUUUGAACAUAAAACUAUUUAACUGUCGAUUUAGGCGAUCGGUUAACUUGCUUUACUGUUUAGAAAUUGCACUCCAAACUGCUAGGUUAUUUAAUCCUGUUGAAUUGAUUUGCUUGCUUUAUUUCUAUUCACAAACCAAAACUUCCGUAGAAAAAAAUGGAAAGGGAUAUUUUUCUGCGAAGACCCCGCAGCCACUCUUUAUGCUGGAAAAAGGAUAUAAUUUUGUACCUACCAUCUAAUGUAUUGAACAUCGUUCCUGCUUAGGUUCACACCGCCACUACUUGAAUUUUCGGUUAACCAUUUACAAAGGAAAUUUGAGCGUUUCAGUCCGGUUUUUUUGACUCUCCAGUGCUCACGUGUUCCGAGUAACUGAGUAAGUUCUGUAACUUCUGUCAAGAUGUAGAGCUCAAGGUGACACUGGCAUUUCUUGGUGCAAUUUUGAGCUUUCAUGUUUACGCACUUAAUUAAAUCAAUAUUUUUGUAUUGAAGAAAGAAGA